AUUUUAUAUCUACAUUUACAUUUGCCAUUUAAAAACACCAUCGGGCCAAAGUCAUAUAAAAAUCAUCUUCGAAAAAACACAUACUCUUGAUGUGAUGCCUUGCACGUCAAUGAACGGGUUUCUUUUUGAACUUCCCCUCUAAAAAAGCAGUGUGGUUUAAAGUCACAGUUUAUCCUGUGUACGCUGUACUUGUUACAUCAUUUGGAUUUAGGACUAAAAGACUUCAAGUAACCCAGGACUACAAGCACUAAUCAAUUGAAAUCAUGGAUGGAAGCGCACAGUCAUCACUGUCCGAGGAGGAAUCUUCUAGCAAACAUCCCUCUUUAUUUGAGGAGCAUGAACCGAAGACAUCAAUUCAGUCUGAGAAGGUGGAGGACACUGCACAGGAGGAGUCACUCCUGUCUGGAGAGGAGCAGGUGACCCUCAUCACAGAAAGCAUGUCCAUCACCUCGGCUGAUGAGGAGAAACUUCAACUCCUCAACAAAAACACUGAACUGCACAGACUCAACAAAGAGCUGAUGAAGCUGAAUGAGGAGUGGGAUCACAUCUAUCACAGCACCAGUGUGGGUCUCCAGCAGCGUGUAGAAGCUCUAGAAGAGGAGAGAUCAGGGCUCAAACAGCUCAACAGCAGACUGCUGCUCAAAGUCGACCAUGAGCAGAAUAAGAGGGAGUAUUAUGAACAUACAUUGAUGCAGGAACUAAAGAAGAACCAGCAUCUUCAGGAGUAUAUCAGACUACUGGAGAGCCGUCUGCACCAAACAGACCUGACCCACUGGACUAUAGGGACACGGAUGCCAGACAUCAAUAUCACCUCAGAGGCUCACCUUCUCCAGAGGAAAACUAAGCCAUCUGUGGAGGUACGAGCAUCUCCAGAGCUUCCAGUGUCUCACGGUGCAAAGUCAAGCCAAAGACUGGCUGGCAUGGGAACGGAGCACCAGGCCAACCCAGAGAGAGAGGUACAGGAUCUUAAAGAACAGCUGGAGGCGCUGCGGUGUCAGACUAAAAUGUAUGAAGCUGAUUAUAAAACAGAGCAUAAAGACCAUAAGCGCAUGUUGCAGGAGAAUAAGAGACUGCGGCGCGGAGAGGGAGAGAUGCGUCAGCAUAUGGCGCUGCUCCAGGAGCAGUUGAAGGUGUAUGAAGAUGACUUUCAGAAGGAGCGCUCGGACAAACAGAUCCUCCAGAGACUGCUGAUGAAGAAAGCUCCUGCCGUGAAGGACCCGGUUCUGGUGCAUCGCUGCAACAAUGAGCAGGACCGGUCCAGAACAGAGAGACGGAAACAAAGGGAAGAGCAGAAGGGCGGAUACGUUUGCCCCAAACACUGUGAACAUCACGGGCAGCUGGACUUCCCAUGAACAGCUCACAUAUUGAGGAUUUAUCAUAUUAAAGCAGUGGAAAUAAAAAAAACAUUUUUUUUAAAUGUGGUAUGUUUUGUAUGUAACUAAUAUAUUUAUUUACGUUUUUUUCUUGGAAUUUUUUAUUUUCACAAUUAAAUAAAUACAUGCUUGUAUUGUUUUUUUUUGUUUGGUUGUUGUUUAUUUUUAUUGCAUUUUACAAUUGCAGUAAAUGCAAACAGUACACUUAUUUAUUGUCUCAUUAUCAGUCAAUCUGAUACGGCUGAAUGGCUGAGAACGUGAAACUAAGAUAAGCCAUGACACGAGAGUAAAUGGUGUUAUCUUUACAAGCUAAUCCAUCUUUUGUCUUGCAUUGUUAUCAGACUGACAGAACAACUCUGAUUCAUGCACUAGUUCUGGGUUACUGAUGAUUACAAGGGAAUGUAUAUAUUAAUGCAAACCAACUAUGGAAUGUCUAGGACGAUAAAUUAAUAGUAUUUAAAUCAAAUAAGUUGGUGUAAUCAAAAGCCAAUUAAGCCCUUUCUGUGUCUUAUCAGAUCAGAAAAAAAUCCUGUAAAGGGGCCUCACCUCCACCCAUUUACACAAGAGUAAGAUGGGUUUUUUUUCCCAUUAAAUGGCUUGUGAAGCUCUGCUUCCAUCCAGGCAAUAUAGAGCUUUCUGUUCCUGCAAAAACAACCCAGAAUAAAUUUGCCAUGAAUAAGUGGGUAGGAAAGAGAGGGAACAGAGUAAAGCCAAGACAAGGAGGUUUUCAGAUGUCGAAAAAAAGACUCACCAAAGACAGACAGACAGACAGACAGACAGACAGACAGACAGACAGAUAGAUAGAUAGAUAGAUAGAUAGAUAGAUAGA